AUGGAGCCGCUGGAGACGAACAGCAGCUGCAGCAACGGGUCUCUGAUCACCCUUUCGUGCCUUUCCCACCGGGUCGUGUGCCAAGUGAUCAGCAGUGAUGUCCCAUCUGACCCUGUCCUUGACAAUGGGACUUCAGAUAGCUCCUGGAUAAUUCGGCUGGAAAACAAUUAUGGAUUCUACAUUGGCCUGGGCUUGGCUGUCUUCUCCAGCUUCCUCAUUGGGAGCAGCGUCAUCCUUAAGAAAAAGGGACUGCUCCGGCUGGUGGAGAAGGGAGGCACCAGGGCAGGAGAUGGAGGCCAUGGCUACCUAAAGGACUGGCUCUGGUGGGCUGGCUUGUUAACCAUGGGUGGAGGGGAAGCUGCCAACUUCGCUGCCUAUGCCUUUGCUCCUGCAACUAUUGUCACGCCUCUGGGGGCUCUGAGCGUGCUCAUAAGUGCCAUUCUGUCCUCAUAUUUGCUUGGAGAACGGCUCAACCUGCUGGGGAAGCUGGGCUGCCUGCUGAGCCUGGUGGGCAGCACUGUGAUGGUCAUACACGCCCCAGAGGAUGAGGAGGUCACCACUCUGGAGGAAAUGACUUCCAAGCUGAAGGAGCCGGGUUUCCUGGCUUAUGCUGCAAUCCUCCUGGCCCUCUGCCUCCUCCUGAUCUUCUACCUCGCCCCCCGUUAUGGCCAGAGCAACAUCCUCAUUUACCUCACCAUCUGCUCCGUCAUCGGCGCCUUCUCCGUGUCCUCCGUCAAGGGUUUGGGAAUUGCCAUCAAGGGCUUCUUUGCUGGCCAGCCUGUGCUGCAGCACCCACUGACCUGGAUCCUGGUCAUCACGCUGGUGGCAUCCAUCACCACACAGAUCAACUACCUCAACAAGUCUCUAGACAUUUUCAACACCUCUUUGGUGUUCCCCAUCUACUACGUGCUGUUCACCACCAUCGUCAUCACCACUUCCAUCAUCCUCUUCAAGGAGUGGGUCACCAUGACUGUGGUUGACAUCAUUGGGACAGUCUGUGGCUUCCUCACCAUCAUUUUGGGGGUGUUUUUACUCCAUGCUUUCAAAGACAUGGAUGUCAGUUUAGGGAAUUUACCCCAAGUCCUUCAGAAUGAACAGCCAGCGCCGGUGACCACAGAUGACAAGAACAUCCUGAUAGAGGUGGACAACUCCAGCAUUGCCCCAGAGGAUAAACCCAAAGUAUUCAUGCUCUACACUUAG